GGAGCCGUCCAAUCAAAUUAAUAAAUACAUGUUUUGCAAACGAAUAGCUAUGCGCUUUCUAUCUUUCUGCUGAGCGAGCACGCUGAACGUGAUGUCACAUGAUGUAAACAAGUCCACGUUGGUCGCCUCGCACUGGCAAUCCCAUGUCGGAGCUGUCAGAAGUUGCUAACGAGACCAGCGAACCUGAGAAAAAGCUGGAAAGUAUCGUGGCGUGAUGGCUAAAUCUCACAAAGCCAUGAGUGAUGGGGAAUGGCUGGCACGUCUGCAGAAGUUUGCCAGUUCAGGAGUGUGGCCGUCUGGUGAGGGCAACAGACCUGCCCCUAGACAGAAGAGGUGGCAUGAACUGUACCUUAAGAUAGAAAAGUGUCCUCUUCAGUCCAGGGGUCAGGUCACUCUCUGGCUGAAGUCUCCCACCUGCUCGUGUGGAUUUCACAAGGGUCAUCCACCAGCCAACCCACCCACCAGCCAGUCAUACACCAGAGAGGACACUGUUACAGUCCAAGGAAGUGCAGUGGACACCAGCGCUGUGGGCACUGUUGUACGGCCAAAGAUGACACUGUCGAUGUUUGAAAAGUCGAGGUUUGGAGGCUCUCACGUUGCGUCAGCCAAACCUAAUGUAAACGUGCAACGCAAACCCACUCAGGCUCCUCCUAGUCCAUCUCCAUCUAAAUCCACAUCGGCAGCCGUCAACCCUCAACCCUCUCCAGCUCUCCGGCCCAUCAUCCAACCCUCCUCUUCCUUCUUACUUCCACCAGCAACAGAAACCUCAUCUGCAGGCCCUGAUCUGCCCUUGCUCUGGCCGCAGUCGAUGCCGAAGGAGGACCAUAAGUGGGUGGCUGAAGUCCUGUUUCGAGUAAAUGCGAAGGGGAAGAUGGAGUUAAAGGACAACCUUCAGCUGUGGUACAACCCCCCACCUCCAAAUCUCCUGUACCAUCAGGCUCCCACUCCAGACAAGUUUUUUUCCCACCGUCUGCUGGUCUGGAUGCCCUAUAGGCUGUGGCGUGUGAGUCUUAAGUGCACCAAUUCGGAAUGCGUCGGGCAUCAACUGACAAGUGGUGGAUUGCAUAGGAGGGUCCGGCAGGUGCUGGACAUUGACAGCUACUACAACCUAGUCACAGAGACCCUCAUUUGCACCAAGUGCAGGUCCAGCUACCUGUCCUGGGGAGACGCCGUGCUGCAGCAGCUAGACCUGGCCCAUCGCUCUGAGUUUAGGGUCAUCCUGACACAAAAACAUGCCAUUGAUAUACGUGCCAUCCGUUUUUUGCGUGAGAGAACAAUGGGCAAUGGACCGGUACGCCUGGUCGGGCAGUUGAAGGAGAACCACAGCGAGCAGUGGUUGCAGCGGGUCAAUCGCUACACCGCAGAGUGUAUGGGGUUUCGCAACAACAACCUCGGCCUCCAACAGAUGUCCUUUCAGAGACCUCCAGACCCUGUGGAACUGCCAAGCUACAAGUGGCUCCUCACUGUUUACAGCAAGGACAUUCUACACAGGCUGGAUGACAUCAAGGCAGCCAUCACUUCAACUUAUGGGUCUAUCUUAAAAAUGGACUCGACUAAAAAAAUCACGAAAAAAUUGAGUGGGCCUGCGAAGGGGACGGCACAGUGGAUGACGUCUGUGGGCAACGAAUUCGGCCAGGUACUCAUCAGCGUCCUGACUACAGAUGAGGGUAAUGGGCUUGACGCGAUGACAGCGGGGUUGGUUGAGCGAUACAGAAGGGCAGGCGUUUCUCCACCAACUGUGCUCUAUGUGGACUGCCACUGCUGCAAGGAGGCGGGAGACACUAAGCUGAAGCAGCGGUUUGGUGGCUGGCCAGGUAUCAUCAUCCGCCUUGACAUCUGGCAUUUCAUGCGACGCCUGGCUGGAGGGGUCACAACAGAUGCCCAUCAGCUUUACCCCAUCUUUAUGGCAAGGCUGUCAGCAUGCAUUUUUGAAUGGGACGCUGAGGACCUUGCUCUCCUGCGAAGGGCCAAGAGGGAGCAGCUGACCAAAGAAGGCCUGCCCACGGCUUCUCUGACAGAUGUGAUAGUGGACAACUGCAUCACCAAGGCAGAGCUGGCACUUCACUGUAGGAGACGGACGCGCGGGACGGACAACACCAUCCGCCUCCUGGGGAAGCUGAUAGAGGAGCUCAGCGGGCCGAAAGGGAGAGAUGCAAUGGGAGUAGGUUUGUUUGAGCCGGUACGAAUACAGCACUUGUGGAAUAUCCAGAAGCGCCACGUGGGAUGCAUCCAGGACCUUCCAGAUGUGCCACUCUACACUCAAACGGGAACUCUCAACAAGGGUGGAGUGGCCUUGAAAACGUACAGAUGUGCCAGAGGUUCGACAUCCUUGGAGUCCUUCCACUGCCACCUUGCCAGGUUUAUUCCAGGGAACAGCGCCAACAGCCUCAAUUUCCAGAUUUAUCUUCUGGAAGGCCUGUUCCGUUGGAAUAAAGACCGCGCUGCAGCUGCACUUGCUGUUGGGGACGACUCACGCUUGCGGACCUACUCUGGGGAGCUGGUGUAUGCUGUCAACACCAACUACACAGCAUUAUUUGGCGUACCAUUGAUCCCUGGCUUCUCUCCACCUGCAGCAUACACAGGUGAGCUGAUUGGAGUCCAGUACUUGUUGAGGCAGAGUCGACAGCCCCUGGAGGACAUGACACCUGGGUCACCAAGGACCUCAGAAUUGCUGGAGGACAUCUCUGUAGAACAAGAAGUGGAAGAAGACGAAGGCUUCAUUGAUACUUUAGGAGAGGAGGCCAUUGUGGAUGUUCUAGUGGCACCAGAUGCUGAGCUUCCUGUCAUCCAUCGACCCACUCCCCAGGAUCCACGUGCCCAGCUGCCUACCGUCCAGGUGCCAACCCCUCCUCAGCUGUCUACCGUCCAGCUGCCAACCCCUCCACAGCUGCCUACCGUCCAGCUGCCAACCCCUCCUCAGCUGCCUGCCGUCCAGCUGCCAACCCCUCCUCAGCUGCCAACCCCUCCUCAGCUGCCUGCCGUCCAGGUGCCUCCUCAGCUGCCUGCCGUCCAGGUGUCUCCUCAGCUGCCUGCCGUCCAGCUGCCUCCUCAGCUGUCUACCGUCCAGGUGCCUCCUCAGCUGCCUACCGUCCAGCUGCCUCCUCAGCUGCCAACCCCUCCUCAGCUGUCUACCGUCCAGGUGCCUCCUCAGCUGCCAACCCCUCCUCAGCUGCCUACCGUCCAGGUGCCUCCUCAGCUGCCUGCUGUCCAGGGUCCAUUUCUGCUGCCCGCUGCCCCGACUCCUCCUGCUCCUCCGGUGCGAGCAAGUGGACAUGGCAUUCCUGGACUGGCUAGAGCUGAUGAGUUGGCAGAGUACCUGGUUGAGUUGAGGAGCCAGACCAGCCUGGUACUCAGUCCACAGCAGGAGGACACAAUUGUUGGCUUGUGGCAGAACCUGGACCCAUAUGAUAAAGAGAAGUUGGUAUAUGCUGCUCGGCACCAGGACAGGCUUCUCACAGGGAAGUUUAGGUCCCCAAAAAAGAGGGCUGACUUUACCCCUGGUGUCGACAGCACAAAGAGGUGUGUCCUGGGCUCCACUGGCUCCCCAGCACAGUGGCCUGACUGCUGCCGUCUUAUUGAGCUGAUAUUCAUUAGGCUCUGCAACAUUUACCGUACCCCAAAAAAGCAAGGCACAGCCUCAUUAUCCAGAUGGGACUGCAUUUUGAGGGACUACCGGAAGAUCAGGCAGCUUAUCCUGAUGAAUUCAGCAAACCACGGCAAAAUGCGGCAAACCACCCUGCAGCUGGUAGUGGUUAAUCAGACAACACUGAUUAGCUGGCACAAUGACCGUUUGAAGAAGCAAGAGGUUAGUGUGCUCCUUCAAGGACUGGACCUCCCUGUGGCUCGGCCAGUGUCCUCAGACCCAUUGCCUCCAGCACAACUGCAGCCUGCUUCACCACCACGGCACAGCCACCCAUUACACACAUACAACAUGCCACCCAACACAGCUGGUCAGGUGAAGACCAAGUUGAGAAAAAUUCUACCAUCUGCCUCAGCUUCAUCUGCUGCCGUGCCUCCAGCCCCAGCCUCCAUCAGUCACUCAGCCCCUCGACACAUUCUGCCCAAGCCAUCUGCAGACUCUCAAUUUAUCACACCUCGCCCUGUGUCAUGUCCUGUGUCUCCUGCACCUUCUCCACCGGCAGAAAAGCGGAAGUACACCCGCACAGUAACAUCAAAUGCUUGCCGAAAAUGUGGACAGUCCCGCAAAGGAGAUACUGGACACAGCCAGUACAAAGGCAAAAUUUAUUGCCCAAAUACGGAGAAAAUGUCAAAGGAGGAGUGGCUGCAAAAAAGGAGGCGCAUGUAG